AGAAGAAGUUGCAGGGCAUGUUUACUUUCUCAUCAAAGUAAAUGUAACUCAAGUUGUUGGUAAAAUUUCUCCUCAGUAGCAUCUGACAAACCAGAUUUAAUAUAAAUGGAGCAAUAUGUGACUGACUACAGAUAAUACUAAUUGUGGAAAGUGACAAAUGACUAAACAUAGUUGAUACACUAUGUGAGUCUAAAGACUUGAAGGCUAGAGAGGCUUCACUGCUGCAAACCUACGCUCCAAAAUACAAUCCAUGGUGCUUCGUGCGUCGGCAGGGAUCUGGGGGAUGCUGCUGCUGAUGGGAACCGGAGGUAAGGACGCUGUCUGCCCGACUGGGGGCGGCGUUGGACAGCCACUUUCUAAUCUCAGCGUGCAGCCCUCCACCCCCAGCACCACCCUCACUUGUGUUGUGGGAUCAGCAAUUCAGAUUGCAUGCAAAUUCAGCGGACAGAGAAGUGCAGUAAGAUCACGGAGAGAGAGCUCCCUGCCCCUUCCGCCUCCUUCCUCUCCUUCCGUCUGAUCUCCCUGUCGGCAGCGGCAGAGAGGGAUUUUUAACUCGGGCUGCUGAUGCGGGGAACGAGGCUGCAGAGUGAAAGGGGCACUGGUAGUUCGUAGGGAAGUUGCGGAAAGGGUCAGCUCUGCAAAAUUUCAACGCACUCGAGGAGGUUUGGGGUUUGCUCUCGGAUUAGUUGUAGAAAAAGUUUACUUUGGGGGUUACGUGCGUGUGGUGGUCAUGGGUUGCCAUCGGACAGUCCGGGCCAGCCGGACGGCGCUGCUCCUGGCGGGGCUGCUCGUGGCUCUGUGGCAGCGCUGCGCCGCUAGUUGCCCGGAGAAAGACUUGGAAGACAGGGAAGAGGAGGCCAACAUAGUCCUGACCGGCACCGUGGACGAAAUCAUUAAUGUGGACCCUGUGCAUAAUACCUAUUCUUGCAAGGUCAGGGUGUGGCGCUACUUGAAAGGAAAGUCCAACAUCAAUCGUGAAAUUCUCCUAGAUGGUGGGAACAAGGUGAUGAUCGGUGGUUUUGGCAACCCUGGGAUCUGCGACAACCAGGUAGCUACGGGCGACACUCGCAUAUUCUUUCUCAACCUUGCCCCCGAGUCCAUGGGACCAGAACACAAGAAUGAACUUAUGCUCAACUCAAGCCUGAUGAGGAUUACCUUGCGCAACCUGGAGGACGUGGAGCACUGCGUGGAAGACAAACCUCCUCACUUCACACCGGCCCAGCCUCCUGAUGGCUGCAGAGGAAUGCUAUGUGGUUUUGGUGCCAUGUGUGAGCGUGACCCGACUGACCCGGCCAAGGCUGAGUGUGUUUGCAAGAGAGUGGAGUGUCCGUCUUUGGUCGCACCUGUUUGCGGCUCAGAUUCGUCCACGUACUCUAACGAGUGUGAGUUGGAGAAAGCCCAGUGCAACACACAGCGACGCAUCAAGGUGCUACGCAAAGGACCGUGCUCUUUGAAGGACCCCUGCACCGAGGUGACCUGCAGCUAUGGCAGCACCUGUGUCCAGUCGUCUGAUGGCUUGUCAGCUAAAUGCAUGUGCCCCCUCGGCUGUGAAGGCAAGCCUCAGCAGACAGUGUGUGGCAGUGAUGGGAAGGACUACCGGAACGAGUGUGAACUCCAUCAGCAUGCCUGCAAGAGCCAGAAGAACAUACGUGUGCAGUACCAAGGGCACUGCGACCCAUGUAAAGACAGCGAGAACAGUCUUAACACAUUGUGCCGGGUGGAGGCGCUUACUCGUCAGCCCCUCACUUUUGGUCUGCCGGAGUCGUGCCCCCCAGCUAAUGAGCCUCUGUGUGCCAGUGACGGCGAAACCUACCCCAGUGAGUGUGCCAUGACAGCAACGGGUAUGCAGAAAGGCAUCAAGCUCAAGAAGAUCCACACAGGACGCUGCAGAAGGCUGGAGGAGUGUAAGGAGGAGUGUGCCUACAACGCCGUGUGUCUGGUGGAAAAGCAGACUGCAGGCUGCUCCUGCGAUCCCAUUCAGUGUGACGGUACCUACAAGCCCGUGUGCGGCAAAGACGGCCACACGUACAACAAUGACUGUGAGCGAGGCAAAGCGGAGUGUCUGAGGAGGACCCUCAUCCCCAUCAAGCACCCCGGGCCCUGUGAUCUCAACAUACCGAGCCCCUGUUUGGAUAAGGAGUGUGAUCAUGGGGCCGUGUGCGUGGUUAAGAACAAUGAACCGGUGUGUGAAUGCCCCGAGGCCUGCCCACAAACAUCAGACCCAGUGUGCGGAUCAGACGGCCAAAGCUACGGCAGCCCCUGCGAGAUGCGAGCGAUGGGUUGUGCCCUGCAGAAGGCCAUCCAUAUCCAGCACAAAGGACCCUGUGAUGAGACUUGCGCCAACUGCUCAUUCGGGGCAAUCUGCGAUGCCCAGAGUGGCCAGUGUGUGUGUGCAUCAGAAUGUGUAGAAUCCCAUCAGCCUGUGUGUGGCAGCGAUGGAACCACCUACAAUAGCGAGUGUGAGCUGCACGUUCGGGCCUGCAAAGAACAGAUGGACCUCCACGUGGUCAGCCAAGGAGAGUGCAAAACAUGUGGCAGCUCUGUUUGUGCCUGGGGCGCCCGGUGUGUCCAGAAUAAGUGCGAGUGCCCGCCGUGCUCAGGCGAGGCCUUCUCCCCAGUGUGUGGAAGUGACGGCACCACCUACGAGAACAAGUGCGAACUCCACCUGUCCUCUUGUGUGCAGAAGAAGAGGAUUGAUGUGGUGAAGCCCGGCAGCUGUGAUGAAGACUGUGGCUCUGGAGGGUCAGGCUCAGGCGUGGAGAGCUGUGAAGUGGACCGCUGUCGUAUGUUUGGAGGCUCGUGGGAUGAGGAUGCAGAGGAGGACCGUUGCAUCUGUGACUUCACCUGCAAAAGUGUUCCUCACAACCUGGUUUGUGGUUCAGAUGGAAAAAACUACAACAACGAGUGUGAGCUGAAGAAGGCCAGAUGUGAGAAACAAGAGCACUUGUUGAUUCAGAAUCAGGGGCCCUGCGCAGCGAUUUCAGCCACAUCUAUCCCUGAGCUUACAGCACCUCAGCACUGCAGUCUGUCUGUGUAUGGCUGCUGCUCCGACAAUGUGACGGCUGCCUUAGGAGUCGGACAGGCUGGAUGUCCCAGUACCUGUCAUUGUAAUGUCUACGGCUCCUACAAGGGGACAUGUGACCCAGCCACUGGUCAGUGUUCCUGUAAACCGGGCGUUGGGGGUCCAAAGUGUGAUCGCUGUGAGCCGGGUUUCUGGAACUUCCGUGGCAUUGUGACGGAGAAAAUGAGCGGCUGCACACCAUGUAACUGCGAUGCCACAGGUUCUGUUCGGGAUGACUGUGAACAGAUGUCGGGUUUGUGUUCUUGCAAGACAGGGGUGAAGGGCAUGAAGUGCAACGUAUGUCCAGACGGAAGCAAGAUGGGCAUGAAUGGUUGUGACAAAGGUCCUGAGGCACCGACUUCAUGUGACGAGUUGGUGUGCGUUUUUGGAGCUACUUGCAUUGAGGUGAAUGGUCAAUCCCACUGCGAGUGCCCUUCACCUGACUGUGAUGAGAAAAACAAAACUAAGGUGUGUGGCUCAGAUGGGGUGACCUAUGCCGACCAGUGCCAGCUGAGGACCAUAGCCUGUAGGCAGGACAAGGACGUCACAGUGCAACACUUUGGACAGUGCACAGAAACCAUCUCCGAGCUGGCAGAACGACCUACGCUCAACCCCUUCACCACCACCCCCAGCUCAACCGCUGACAUCACCCCCGCCGCCCCCUUCCAUAGCAUUGUGCAAGGCAUCCCGCCUCCAUGGACACCCGACCCAGAGCAGCCCCCAACCACCACCCCCUUUUCCACUUUCACCCACAACCGUGCCAGAGCAAACCACCACCAACCCAUCCAGCCUCAGCCCCUGCAGCCCACCACUGCCACUGUCAUCACCUCCUCCUCUCGCAGCAGCCCUGCCCCGUCUGCUGCCAUGAGCUCGUUUGAGGGCUCGGGCAGCGGGGAGCCAAGCGGGGAUGACCAGACCGAAGAAGAGGAGGAGCAGGAAGAGGAACCAGGUAGCGGCGUCCCAACAGAGGCCAGUGGUGCAGAGCUGCCUGUCGGUCCCACGGUGGUAAGCACCACUGUGCCCACAGCUGAGGACAGGUCAUCCUGUGACAACACGGAGUUCGGCUGCUGUCCUGAUGGCAAAACACCAUCCAGCUCCCCAGAGGGCGCCAACUGCCCCUCCACCAUGAGGUUCAGUGGUGUCCUGCAUUUGGACCAGGUAGAGGGCCAAGAGAUUUUCUACACCCCCGAGAUGGAGGACCCCAAGUCAGAGCUGUUUGGAGAGACAGCCCGCAGCAUAGAGAGUGCUCUCAAUGAGUUGUUCAGGAAGUCAGGGGUGCGCAAAGACUUUAUGAGUGUUCGUGUCCGUAACCUGGCACCAAGCAACUCCAUCCUGGCCUUUGUGGAGGCCCACUUCAAACCAGAUACAAGAUACACUGUGGAAGACAUCGAAGGAGCCCUGCUGAAGCAGCUGAAGGUCUCCAAAGAGACCAGCAUUGCUGUGAAGAAGCCAGAGGACGAAAAUAUUCGCUUCACCAAUUAUGUCCUCUCCUCCAUCCCCUUCUUCACCACCACUACCACCACGACAGCCUUGGUCACCACAGCUGCUCCCACAACCACCACCACCACCAGGCCAACACCACCCUCCCCCUAUAUCACCCGUCGCCCACCAGGCACUACCCGCAGGCCCUACAAUGGCAGACGCACCACCACAACCUCAUCACCGGUCGCCCCACCGCUCCCCACCACCACGACAGCACUGCCUCCGGCCACCACCAUCGGCCACGUCAGGGGCACGAUUCACCGCAAGAAGCCAUGUGACUCCCACCCCUGCCUGCACGGGGGCACCUGUGAAGAUGAUGGCAGAGACUUCAGCUGCAAGUGCCCCGCUGGACGCGGAGGCUCCGUAUGUGAGAAGGCGAUCAAGUACUUCAUCCCAUCAUUUGGAGGCCAGUCCUAUUUGGCCUUCCAAACCAUGAGCGCAUACCACACGGUCCGCAUUGCCAUGGAGUUCAGAGCAUCUGAGAUGACUGGGAUCCUGCUCUACAAUGGCCAGGAUGGCAAGAAGGACUUCAUUUCUCUGGCCCUGGUUAAUGGCAGGGUGGAGCUCAGGUUCAACACAGGUUCAGGCACAGGCAUACUGGUCAGCAAAGUGCUGAUCAGCCAGGGCCGCUGGCAUCAGUUGGUGGUGACUCGCAACCGGCGUAAUGCCAUGCUCAGCGUGGACAACGAGCCGCACAUUGAGGGCGAGAGCCCACGCGGCACAGACGGCCUCAACCUCGACACCCACCUGUUCAUUGGAGGAGUGCCUGAGGAAAUGAAGCAGGAUGUAAAGGAAAGGACAGCAGUGGCCACAGGGCUGGUGGGCUGCAUCCGCUUGCUGGACGUCAACAACCGAGUGCUCAACCUGCAGGAGAGCGGGGGUGACAGUCUUUACGGCAGUGGUGUGGGUGAAUGUGGCAACAACCCAUGCCAGCCAAAUCCCUGCAAAAACGGUGCUGCAUGCCAGGUCAAGGAGGCCGAGAUGUUUCACUGCAAGUGCAGCAAAGGAUUCUGGGGUCCAACUUGUGCUGACAUUCAUGACCCAUGUGAGCCAAACAUGUGCCAUCCAUCCUCCCAGUGUCAGGCACAGCCUGAGGGAGGCUACAAAUGCGAGUGCCCCAUGGGACAUGAAGGGAGGCACUGCGAGAAAGUGGCUGAGAGAAGGGGAGCUUACAUGCCACUAUUUAAUGGAGACUCUUACCUGCAGCUGAAGGGGCUCCAUCUCUACGGGCACGAUCUGCGUCAAAAGCUCAGCAUGACGGUGGUUCUCAAGGCCAGCAAUUCCAAUGGUUUGAUCUUCUACAACGGCCAAAAAUCAGACGGAAGAGGAGACUUCAUCUCUCUUUCUCUCAAUGAUGGAAUCCUGGAAUUCCGCUAUGACUUGGGCAAGGGACCCGCUACCAUCAGGAGUAAAGAAGCGAUCCAGCUGAACGUCUGGAACACCAUCAACCUGGAACGCUCCAACCGCAAAGGAGAAAUCAUGGUGAAUAAGAAGGACCCUGUCCGAGGAGAGGCACCGAAAUCACGCAAGAAUGCGCACGUAGAUCUUAACCUGAAAGAGUCUCUCUUUGUUGGUGGAGCUCCUGAUUACAGCCGGCUAGCAAGAGUCGCUGCACUUACAGAAGGCUUCAAGGGAACAAUCCAAAAGAUCAUUCUGAUGGGUACGCCCAUCCUCAAAGAGGAGAAUGCCCUGCGCUCCAGCAACGUGGCCAUGUACCAGGACCACCCAUGUUCUCAGGAGCCCUGCCACAAUGGCGGGGGGUGCAACCGAUCACCUUAUUGUGGCAGUGUGCCACUGAUUGGUGUGAUAUCAUCCUCUGAACAACCAUCUCUCCCCCACUGCACCCCCUCCUUCACAGCCAUUUACGAGAAGUCUGCUGGAGAGACAGAGGCCAUCGCAUUUGACGGGCGGACGUUCAUUGAGUACCACAACGCUGUUACAAAGAGCCAACUGACCAAUGAGAUCCCUGAUCCUGAGUCUCUGGAGAACCCAUCUGACCAGAGUGAGAAGGCUCUGCUGGUGAACAAAUUUGAGCUGAGCAUCCGGACAGAGGCAACCCAGGGCCUGGUGCUCUGGAGCGGGAAGGGUGUGGAACGCUCAGACUACAUCGCCCUGGCUAUCGUGGACGGACACGUCCAGAUGACGUACGACUUGGGAUCCAAGCCUGUGGUGCUGCGCUCUUCGGUGCGCGUCGACACAAACCACUGGAUACGCAUUAAGGCCAGCAGAGCGCUCAGAGAUGGCUCUCUACAGGUUGGCAAUGAGGCAGCAGUAACAGGGUCAUCGCCUUUGGCAGCAACACAGCUGGACACAGAUGGAGCACUCUGGUUGGGUGGUCUGGAGGAGCUGGCGGUGGCCCGUCGGUUGCCAAAGGCCUACAGCACCGGCUUUGUUGGCUGUAUCAAGGAUGUGGUGGUGGACGGCGUGGAGCUCCACCUGGUGGAGGAUGCCUUAAACAGCCCCAAAAUAUUGCAAUGUCCUGCCGCCAAAUAACCCGUCAAAGACAAAACAUUGAGAGAAGCAGAGAAAAUACAGAACCCCU